AUUGAGUGCCUGAGUAACGUCGUCAUUCCAUCCGAACUUAAUAGACUGGGUAACUUUUGACAAGCUGGUGGAUGACUUGAUAAGGUUGUCUAUCUCGUUAAGGCGCUUCUCACGCUCUGAGUAUGGUUUAUCAGCUUCCUCGACAACCUUAAAUGGAUGGCUCUCCGCAUUAGCAUCGUCGCUGAACUGCUUGAUAUCGUCAAUGAAGUCGGUCUUUAUAAAGAACUGAGAUCCCAGUUGUUUCUCUAAAGACGCGCGUGAACUAGAAUAAACCAUUUUAUCCUUAAUUGAGGCAGAUUCAGGUGCGUAAUGUAUAAUUCUGAACUUUUUGUUAUCCUGUUUAAAUAAUAAGAAAGCGGGUAUAUUCUGCGAUAGAAUCUUAUAUAAUUCUGCAUAAUCUACAUUCUCAUCACCCUUUAUUUCUGUUUUAUGGGUUGAUUUCAACUGUUCAUCUUGUAUCUCUACUUUUAUACAACGCGUCGUAGAAGUAAAUGUAUUAGCAUCUUCGAACUCCCUCGCUAAUGCAGCUGUUGGUUGAAUUCCUGAGUUUACUGACAUCUGAUGAUCACUGCUGAGCUGUAAGGUCUUAAUCUAUUACAAUCAGGAUGGAAAUAAAUGUUGGCGGUAUAAAAUCUAUUAUAUACGGUUUAGAUAACUUAAACAAACAACCAAAGAGGGAUCUAGCCAUAGUAUUCAUCUUACAUGGACGUGGAGAAUCUCAAGAUGGUAUUCGACAGCGUUUGAUAGCGACAAAGUGUGUAAGCGUAGCCAACGAGUCUGAUAAGAGAACACGUAACUUGAUAGCCGUCACUUUUGACCAGCGUAAUCAUGGUAGCAGGCACCUCAGCGAUCUACAGAAUCAGGGAUGGCCAAAGAACCCAAAUCACUUGUUUGACAUGUUCUCGAUACAGCAGGGUACCUCUAGAGACGUUAGUUAUUUGAUAGAUUACUUACCCUCCUUUUUAUUCCCAAAUAACGAGCAAAACGUCGUUGAUUUUGGUUGUGUUGGUUCAAGUCUCGGUGGACACGCGACAUGGAUGGCUCUGCGACAGGAUGAGAGAAUAUCAGUCGGUGCACCAUUAAUCGCCUGUGCUGAUUACCUCUCUUUGAUGCAGCCAAGAGCACGAAAACACAAUGUCGAUCUCAACCCACCAGAGACUUUCAAACAGUUGAUCAAGAAGUAUGACCCCAUGGCAUCUCUAGCCAGUUCCACUGAUGUUUGGAAAGGCAAGAAAAUAAUGGCUUUGAGCGGUAGCGAUGAUAAGAUUUCUGAGUAAAUUGAACGAGUUGUAUGCAGAUGACGACGCGUCUCUCAUUAUGUUCAAGUCAUUCGACGGCGUGAGACAUGAAGUAAACGAAGAGAUGCAGAACGCAUGUGCAAACUUUAUCGUAAACGCACUCUUGUGCAAUCUAUCUAAAGAUCACUUGCUCGAGAAGGGAUUUCAGACAAGUUUGGGAAUAUGUAAACUAUAAAUAAGAUGCAUCUAAAUCAAUUAUCCUC